UAGAGUUAUCUCCCCCACAAUAACAACAACACGUGUGGAAAGUGAAAUAGUAUGAUUAUGAAAAAAUAAAUUAAAUAAUGUUAUCUUAAUACUUUGUCAGAGAAAUGGGAAAAAAUAAAUUCAAGAAACGAGAAACAACGACGUUAGAAGAAAGAAAGAAAUCAAAGGAAAGCAAAACUGUGAAAAAUAAAGAAAAUGUAGCCAUUAAGAAAACAAGUUCAACAUAUAGUGUAGAUCAACUUUUAGAUAAGGCUGAGGAGUUUUUAGAUCAAUUUGAUUAUGAUUUAGCACAGAAGUUUUGUCAGAGAGCGUUGGAAGUGGACAAUGAAAAUGUUCGAGCCAUAGAAUUAACAGGAACAGUGUUAUUAGAGAUGGGUGAUCCAGAAUCAGCUCAACAGUGUUUCUUAAGAGCUAUAGAAAUCAAUCCAGAUGAUGGCCAUGCUAAAUAUAUGUAUUUAGGUCAGAUGUACAGUGGAUUAGAUGCAGUAAAAUGUUUCCAGAAAGGAAUAGAAUUAAUGUUAAAACAAAAGCAAAACGAAGAUCAACAACCGGUGACUGGAGCAGAAGGUGGAAAAAAAGAACCAAGUAUAACACAAACGGAUAUAUCUAACGCUUAUUGUUCUAUAGCAGAAAUAUAUAUGACAGAUUCAUGUUUUGAAGCAGUAGCAGAAGAAAAAUGUAAAGAAAACAUUGAUAGUGCCAUCUUAGCUGAUCCAAAUAAUCCUGAAGCUUAUCAACAGAAGGCCAGUUUUCUCUUGUCUUUGGAUAAAAAACAGGAUGCUAGAAUAGAAAUAAACAAAAGUGUAUCAUUAUGGUUACCUAAAGCUAAAUGUAAAGAGGAAGAUUUACCUGAAGAAGAUUUUGAUCCUGUACAGUCUGUGCCAAUAUCAUAUGAAACUAGAAUAGCAACAUGUAGAAUAUUACUAGAAGUAGAAGAAUAUCAGACAUCUAUAGAUGUAGCUGAAGGUUUAUUGGAUGAGAACGAUGAAGAUCCUCAAGUCUGGUAUUUGAUUGGUUGGGCUAACUAUCUACAUGGGGAUGAUUAUAAAGGAAAUGCCAGAUAUUAUCUUCAGAAAGCAAAGAAGGUUUAUGCAAAGACGAAAUAUCAAGAUGAGGAAUUAUUAAAACAUAUAGAAGAAUUAUUAAAUGAAAUACCUACAGCUGAAAAUGAUGAUCAAGAUGUAGAAGAAGAUGAUGGGGUUCUGAUUCAUGAUGAUGAUUUAGAUGACGUUCAAAGUUCAGAUGAUGAAGAUGUGGAAGAAAGUAUGGAACAUUGAUGUUAAAUUUAAAAUGUACAAAAAUUGUAAAAAUAAAAAAAUAUAUAAAGGUGAA